AUUUACAACAGAGAAUGCAAUUCAAAUUCCUUUCUCCUACCUAUUUUAACUAAUUUAUUAAAAAAAUUAAAAUAAAUCGAAUGUGAUCAAAAAAGAGAGAUUAUGAACAACAGACAUUAUUGGAAAAUACUCGUGCUAUUAAUAGCAUUAACUUUACCCAUGACAAAUGGAAUCCUCCGUCGUUGUUACCAAUGUCGAUCACGGGGCGAAUUAGGUAGUUGUAAGGACCCAUUCAAGUACAAUUCAACGGCUGUCGAAAUGGAACACGGAUUAACGCAUGUCCCGUGUGCAAGUGGUUGGUGCGGAAAGGUCAUUGAGGGAAUCGAUGGAGCUGAUGAUUUUGAUCAAGCAACUCAACGAAUGUGUGUUCAAAGAGGACCCAGCGAUUCAGAAGACAGAUGUGCCAAUACAAUCUACAACCAUAAAAAGGUGUUCAUGUGUUUCUGUCAAGGAGAUUUGUGCAAUUCUGGACCACGAAUGCAAAAUUCAUGGCUAACAACGGUAGCAGCAACGACUUUUGCUCUAAUAAUAAUGUCACUUCGUUAAUCAAAUGUUGUCUUUUCAUCUUGAUUUCUCAUCGAAACCCCAUUUUGGAGCUCAUUUUUAAAUUUUACUUAAAUUUCAUAGCCUAAAAUGGGAAAUGAAAUGAACGGAUUGGAGAAA